AACGGGGACACACAUAUAACACAGGCUGGAGAGGGGGACACAGUUGACAACGAGUAAAGCAAGGUAGGAUGACACAGUGUAACACUGGUAUAGCCGUGGGGGUCAUCGCCUCCAUACUGGUAGCGGCAGGUCUUGGAGCGUCUCUGUACGUCACUACGACGGGCACCGACAGCAAUGGGAAUACGACGACCACGACGACAACUACCGAGUCGACAACAACAGGGAACGCCUAUCAGACGCCCUGCGGUGUCUGUGGUCCUAAGAUUGACGUGGCGCUGAGUGUAGUGAAUACCCUGGUUGAACCAUACUUCAAUCAUUCCGUUGAACUGUACGGGAUGAGACAACAAGAGCUCAUCGUCUUCUUGGCGGAAGCAGCCAAAACAAGACAAGAGUUCAGAUGUGCCGGGAACUAUGGGAAGUGGGGCUUUUUCGUAGACACCAUCAAUGGACUGAAGGCUGACUACAAUUUGAAUAAAACAUGGUGGAAGAUUACAGAUCAGGACAUGGUGUCCCUCUCCCUAGGUGUGAGUUCCUAUAUUCCUCAACACCAGGAGACUCUCAUCUUUACCUUUGUGCAGAGCGACGGCCACUAAAUCAAGGCGGACUCAGACAGUUAUAUUUUCAUUGGAUCUGCGAAUCUCUACAUGGUUGUGUCAUGGUAAUGGUCCCAAGGGAAACAAUUUUACACAUUUUGUCCAUGUUUACACCGUUUUUGUACUGUAUACAAUAUAUUUUUAAGUGAUUAAAAUGUCCCUUCCA